AUGGGCGCGGGGUCUAGAAGCCCGGCGCAGUUUCGCGGCCGAGGAAGCCCCAUAGUUUCGCCCUGGAAACACGUAGUUCGGAGUACGUUGAAACACUGUAAACUCCUUGGCGGAAACAUACCAUUUCCCAUAACCAAGACGAAUGACUACGCGAAAGCAUUCGUGGGUGCUUUUAGCCACCCGGAAGAUACCGAGAACAAGGUGAUGCUGAUAGAAUCCUACCGACCCACGCAGCUCCAGAUCCUCGCAUCGGCUGGGGAAGUGCUGCCUGGCGACUGGCAGGUCGAGUACGUGGACAUGGACAAGAAUGCUGAGACUGCCGAGCAAAAGAUGUUUGCAGGCCAAUUUUCUAUUUCGGUCGUCGACCCGAUGGUGUUCAAGAUUAUGUUUACACCUGGAUGUGGAGGUCAGAUUGAUGGGACUCAGAAUCAUCUCGCAGGGAUAACGCGCAUGACAGAGAAUGAGCUGAAGGAGAUUAUAAAGCCAUUUGCCUAG